UGUGAUAUCAAUUUGCUAAUCAAACAAAAUGACAAAAAGUAAGACAAAAGACAUGGAAGGAGCAAAUAUAAGCAAUAAUAACGAUACAUAUCGUAAUAGACUUGAUUUUGUUGCCAACUAUAUCAUAACAUUUACAUUUAAUAUUGCGGUCAAGUAUUUAAUUAUAGGAAUAGUCGCCAAAAUUCUGUUCAGUCAAAGAGAUUAUGUUUUCAUAUUUGCAUUCAUAUGUAUUCCUCAUUUAAUAGUAAAAUCUAUUUCAUACUUCAAUCCAAUAGAAAACAAAUCACUAAGUUUUUUGAUUAAAGGAGUACUAAAUAUUAUUUUUAUUGUGGCAGCAAUUAUCUUAUAUUUCAUAUAUAGACUAUUGAUGACAAACGAUAAAUUCAUUGAAGACGUUAUAUUUCAAACCAGUCUAUUCUUGUUUGUCAUUAUAUCCACAAUACUAGUAAUUAUUUAUGUCUUAAUCAUUAAAAGUGUUCAGCAAAACGACUCUCUGGCAAACAAACAAAACAAGUCUAACAAUGAAAAGUCAAAUCCUAAGAAAACAUGUCAGAGAAAUGGUUAG